AUGCCGCAAGACACCACCGCAGCCGCAGCCGCAGCCGCAGCCGCAGCCGCGCCCCACGAACCUCCCUUCACAUACACCGCCAACCAGGGCUACGUUGAGCCCGUCCAACAAGCGCCGCCAGAGGUGCGCAAGCCCCGCGGCGCCCUGGACCCCGGAGACGACGCCGACGGAGACGACCUCGACGACAUCUUCCACGAUGACGACGACGACGCCGACGACGACGUGGACGACGAGGAAUUCGCAGGCGAUGCCAGAGACCUCGCAAAGACGUACAAUCGCCAGCGCCAGCUCCAAAACACCAACGGCGGGGCCCCCCUCCCCCGCUCGAACCAGCAGCACAGGCCGACGGCAAACACGUUUGCCAGCGUGGACGACCAGGUGGCCAUGCUCGCCCGGCACGCCGCCAAGAUCCGCCUAGACUCGGUCAAGCAGGGCGGCGAGAGGGAGAGGGACAAGGACAAGGCCGACCGCGCCACGAGCGAGCAGGUCCUCGACCAGCGCACCCGCAUGAUCCUGCUGCAGAUGAUCAACCGCGGGCUCGUGAGCGAGGUGCACGGCGCCAUCAGCACCGGCAAGGAGGCCAACGUCUACGGCGCCAUCCUGGCCGACGACAGGACGGGAGGCGUCGCCCAGAGGGCCGUCAAGGUGUACAAGACGGCCAUCCUCGUCUUCAAGGACCGGGAGCGCUACAUUGCCGGCGAGCACAGGUUCAAGGCCGGCUUCGACAAGGGCAACAGCCGCAAGAUGGUCAAGCUGUGGGCGGAGAAGGAGUUCCGCAACCUGCGGCGCAUCCACAACGCCGGCAUCCCCUGCCCGGAGCCCAUCAGCCUCAAGCUGCACGUCCUGCUGAUGGGCUUCCUCGGCGACGCCAAGGGCUGGGCGUACCCCCGGCUGCGGGACGCCGUCCUGCCGGCCGAGGGCGACCGUGCCGAGCGGCUGUGGCGCGCGCUGUACCUGCAGCUGCUGGCCAUCAUGCGCAAGAUGUACCAGGUCUGCAGGCUCGUGCACGCCGACCUGAGCGAGUACAACAUCCUCUACCACGACGGCACCCUGUACAUCAUCGACGUGUCGCAGAGCGUGGAGCCCGACCACCCCCGCUCGCUCGAGUUCCUUCGCAUGGACAUCAAGAACGUGGGCGACUUCUUCAGGCGCAAAGGCGUCGACACGCUCCCCGACCGCGCCAUCUUCAACUUCAUCACGGCAAGCGAGGGCGCCGUGGAGGAGCCGGCCACGAGCCAGGCGCUGGAGAAGCUGUACGAGACGCGCCAGGAGAGCGGCGCCGACGACGACGACGAAGCAGCCGCCGAGCUCGAGGUCGACAACCAAGUCUUCCGCAACCAGUACAUUCCCCAGACGCUCGAGCAGGUCUACAGCAUCGAGACGGACGCCCAAAAGCUCAGCAAGGGCCAGGGCGGCGAUCUAGUCUACAGCAACCUCCUGGCAGACCAGGUCGUUCAGCCAAACGGUCAAGACGAACAAGACCAGGGCUCGCAAGACGAGUCUGACGACGGCGCCACCUUGUCUAGCGGGGAUGAAUCCGGCGACGAGAGCCGCUUCGAAAAGGGGCCGCCUAGAGGGCGCAAGUUUGAGGACAAGGAUGAGAAGAAGCAACAUAAACAAGCCGUAAAGGAAGCUAAGCGCGAAAAGCGGAAAGACAAAAUGCCAAAACAUUUGAAGAAAAAGAUUGUGUCGACUACUUCCCGGAGAAAGAAGUAG